CUCAGAUGCCUGCUCUCACCUCGGACUUCGCGAUGUUUGACUAUGGUCCCGACCUUACCACUGCUCGCGAGAUCCAAGGUCCUUGCCUGCUCGGCAUUUUUCUGAACAUCUUACUUUACGGCGUUGUAUUGGUCCAAGCGCAGAUAUAUUACACCAGAUACCCUAAAGACCCGUUGUGGCUGAAAAUAUAUGUUGGCCUUCUGAUCUCAGCUGACACCCUCAACACUGCGUUCAAUAUUGCCUGGAUAUAUAUCACCCUCAUCAAUAACUUCGGUGCGUUCCUGCAUAACGCGUACCAUUUAUCAUCUCUGGAACGAGGAUCGCAGGCAACUUCGAAGCUCUUACGCGAGCUAAUUGGCAAUCGGCAGAAGACAGGAUUCAAGCGCACCGACAAUGCGCUUCGAGGCAUCAUACGAUCAACGGUUUCUAAUGGACUGUUGACGGCCUCGUUUACCAUAGGCCAUAUGGUUUCGUGGUUGUCUACGCCAUCGGGUAUACAUUACAUAUUCAACUAUGGCGCUGUGAAGCUGUACACGAACUCAAUCAUCUCAAGCCUCAAUUCCCGCGACGAGCUUGCAGCGCGCAUGUCCGCAGAGCUCAGUGAGGCUAUCGUGGACGUAGGCGCGACAGAUGUACUGCGCUUUGCGAGUACAUCUGAAAUCACUCCUGAGCAUCCCCACGUUACUGCCAUGGCAAAGACCCAGUAG